AUGGAAAAUAUAAAUAAUGUCACCGAAUUUAUUCUGUUGGGUCUCUCCCAGAACAAGAGAAUCAAAAACUUUUGCUUUCUACUAUUCUUAUUCUGUUACAUUGCUAUCUGGAUGGGAAACUUGCUUAUAAUGAUUUCAAUCACAUUCAGUCAACUAAUUGACCAGCCCAUGUAUUUCUUCCUCAAUUACCUUGCUCUCUCAGAUCUGUGUUACACCUCAACAGUGACACCCAAGAUGGUCACUGAUUUGCUGGCAGAAAGUAACAUGAUUUCUUAUACUAACUGUAUGGCACAGCUCUUCACCAUGCACUUCUUUGGGGGGAUUGAGGUCUUCAUCCUCACGGUGAUGGCCUAUGACCGCUAUGUGGCAAUCUGCAAGCCCCUGCACUACAUGGUCAUCAUGAACAGGCACAAGUGUUUCACUAUGGUCUUCACUUGCUGUGCUGGAGCAUUUCUGCAUUCCUUUGUCCAAUGUCUCCUCACCAUCAGCUUACCUUUCUGUGGUCCCAAUGAAAUAGACCACUAUUUCUGUGAUGUCUAUCCUUUGCUGAAACUGGCCUGCACGGACACAUACAUAGUUGGGAUUCUGGUGGUUGCCAACUCAGGCAUGAUGGGCUUGGUGACUUUCGUGGUUGUGAUGCUGUCUUACUGUUUGAUACUAUAUACUAUCAGGCCUUACCCAGCAGAGAGCCGCACCAAAGCUCUUUCCACUUGCAGCUCCCAUGUCACAGUUGUGGUCCUGUUCUUUGUGCCUGUCCUCUUCAUCUACAUUAGACCGGCUGUCACUUUUCCAGAAGACAAAGUGUUUGCUCUUUUCUACACCAUCAUUGCUCCCAUGUUCAACCCCCUGAUUUACACACUCAGAAACAUGGAGAUGAAGAAUGCCUUGAGGAAAGUGUGGUGCAAGAUACCAUUUUUGAUUGGAAGGCAAAUUAGUUGA